GGGAGAGGAGAGAGAGGAGAGAAAAAAAAGCAGCUGGAAAGACAAUCUGCUUCAUCUUGACUCGUCAUCAUUCCAGGAUAGUGGUGUCCCUGGGACUCUCUGCUAACAUUGACAUGGUACAGAAAAUGGUACAGAAGAUUUAAAAUUGGCUGAUGUUCACAAGGAAAAGAGUCACGUGAUGUAUGAAGGCAAACACAUACACUUUUCUGAGGUUGACAAUAAGCCGUUGUGCUCGUACAGCCCCAAACUGUGCAAGCAGAGGCGACUUAACGGCUACGCCUUCUGUAUCAGGCACGUUCUGGAGGACAAGACCGCCCCCUUCAAGCAAUGUGAAUAUGUGGCCAAGUACAACAGCCAACGCUGCACCAACCCCAUCCCCAAAUCUGAGGACCGUAGGUACUGCAACAGUCACCUCCAGGUUCUUGGUUUUUUACCGAAAAAGGAGAGGAAGAAAAAGAAUGAUCCGAUAGAGGAGGUAAAGGUUCGGCACCAGAUGGAUUCCAUGGCCUUCAGUCUGACCGUUCCUCCCCUGGCCUUGAAGAUGCCCAAUGGCCUGGAUGGGAUGUCCCUCUCUCCACCGGGGGCCAGGCUUCCUCUCCACUACUUGGAAGCAGAAUUGGAAGAUCCCUUUGCUUUCAACGAGGAAGAUGACGAUCUCAAGAAAGGGGCCACGGUGAAGAAAAAGUUGCAGAGCAAAUUAGCCCAAAACCGACAGCGCCAGAGAGAAACAGAGAUUUUGAAAGUUCGCCAAGAGCACUUUAGCCCCCUUCCUGCACCUUUGCAGCAGCAGCAGCAGCAGCAGCAGCAGCCUCUACAGCAGCAGCAGCAGCAGCACGCCCAUCUCUCACCUUUAACAACUUCUUUAAAGCCAGCAGGGCUACCGCAGGGCUUAGUUUGCAAGUCACCUCAACCUCAGAACACCAGCCUACCAUUGCAGGGAGUGGCGCCCACCACACACACUAUAGCACAAGCCAGGCAGUUGUCCAACAAAAGACCUCUGCCUCUCCUGCACCCCACUAGGGCUCCUGCCCCAGACCCACCCAGGGCUGACAGGAUCCUCAUGAAAGCCACAGCCUUCUCUCCGCACUCAUCCUGUAUGAGCCGGCUACAGAGACUGGUGAAACUGUGCACUCAGAAACGGCAGCUCGACGCUGAUCUGUUUCCACAUUUAGGGUUGGACUGGUCUGAAGAUAGUGGAGAAGAAUUGGAAGAAUUGGAGCAAACCUCACCAUAUCAGGUUGCAUGGUCUAUCCGGGAAGCCCUCAGAUAUGAAAGGAACGAGCCAGAUGAUGAUGAUGAUGCCAGCGGCAGGAGUUCCCGCAUUUCCCAACUUUGCACUUACUUUCAGCAGAAAUACAAGCACCUCUGCCGCCUGGAGCGGGCAGAAUCCCGUCAAAGGAAAUGCCAACAUACAUUCCGGAAAGCAUUGCUGCGGGCAGCCAGCAGAGAGCCAGAGUGCGCUGGGCAGCUGAUACGAGAACUCCGAAGGGCAUCGUGUUCUCGGGCCAGCACAAGCCAAGUGAAGCAGAGGGAUGCGUCUCCAUGUAGUGGAAUGACGAAGGGUGAACCAUGCACCAACAAGGCUCUUCCAUUCACCAAACAUUGUUUUCAACAUAUCCUCUUGAAUCGGUCGCAGCAGCUUUUCUCAAGCUGCACCGCCAAGUUUGCUGAUGGGCAGCAAUGCUCCGUGACAGUUUUUGACAUUACGCAUCAGACACCCUUGUGUGAAGAACACGCCAAAAAAAUGGAUAACUUCUUGAGAGGAGACAGCUCCCGUAAAGUUCAGCACCAGCAGCAGAGGAAACCCAGGAAAAAAACCAAGCCACCUGCGCUUACCAAAAAACACAAGAAGAAGAGAAGGCGAGGGCCACGACGUCCCCAAAAACCAAUUCCCCCUGCUGUGCCCCAAGGAAACCUCAGUAUGCCCACCAGCGUCUCACUGCCAAUGGAGAUAUCCCAUAUACGAAGCCCUUCCACACCGGAGCUGAGUACGGACGAGCUGCCAGAUGACAUCGCCAAUGAAAUCACAGACAUUCCACAUGACCUCGAAUUGAAUCAGGAGGACUUCUCUGAUGUCCUACCGCGGCUGCCUGAUGACUUGCAAGAUUUUGAUUUCUUUGAAGGUAAAAAUGGAGACCUCCUCCCGACCACUGAAGAGGCAGAGGAGCUGGAAAGGGCCUUGCAGGCUGUAACUUCCCUUGAGUGCCUGAGUACUAUUGGAGUGCUCACCCAGACAGAUGGGGUGCCAGUUCAGGAGCUGUCGGACAGAGGCAUCGGGGUGUUCUCCACAGGUGCUGAAACUUCAGGAAUUCAAUCCUUGAGCCGGGAAGUCAAUGCAGACCUAGGUGAGCUGCUGAACGGGCGUAUCGUACACGAUGACAAUUUCUCUAGCCUGGACCUGGAUGAGAGCUUGCUCCGUUCCGCUACCUUAUCCAACCCACCUACGCCCCUGGCAGGGCAGAUUCAGGGGCAAUUCUCUGCCCCAGCCAACGUUGGCCUUACUUCUGCCGCUCUGAUAAGCCAGAGUGGGCUUGGGGAGAGAGCCUUCCCAGGACAGUUCCAAGGACUACAUGACGGCAGCCAUGCCUCCCAGAGGCCACACCCUGCCCAGCUGCUAAGCAAGGCAGAUGACCUAAUCACCUCACGACAGCAAUACAGCAGUGACCAUUCACACUCCUCACCCCAUGGAAGCCAUUACGACAGCGAGCAUGUGCCGUCGCCCUACAGUGACCAUAUAACGUCCCCCCAUGCCACCUCCUAUUCUGGCGACACCUUGGCAGCUACCUUCUCCACAGAGAUGCCCAUCAUAGCACAGCAUUUGCUCCCAUCGCAGCUGGAGGUGCCGCUUAGUGGGGUGGUGAACCCCAGAACUCACUGGGGGAGCCUCCCUGUCAACCUGGGUGACCCUUCUCCGUUCAGCAACCUGCUUGGUGCGGAUGGACACCUCCUUUCCACCUCCCUGUCCACGCCGCCUACCACAACGCACUCAGAGACCACACAGCCUGCCUUCGCCACCGUGACCCCCAACAGCUCCAGUGUGCUUCCGGGGUUACCACAGACCAGUUUCAGUGGCAUGGGGGCUGCAUCUUCUGAACUCAUGGCCUCCACGUCCCCUAAGCAGCAGCUCCCGCAGUUCAGUGCCGCCUUUGGCCACCAGCUGAGCUCCCACAGUGGCAUUCCCAAGGACCUGCAGCCCAGCCACAGCUCCAUAGCUCCUCCAACAGGCUUCACAGUCACAGGUGCCACAGCUACUAGUACCAAUAACGCAUCUGCUCCCUUCACCACCUCCAGCUGAGCUUGUCUGUCUGUGAAUGGCAGGCAGUUGGCAACUUUGUGUUCCCUUCCCUUCCACUCCACCCUC